CGCAGCCAACACGCGAAAUCCAUCGAUCACACACCGUUCAGGCUGUCUUAUUACGCGUCCCACCUUCCCUCGCUCACCUGGCCAGCAUCGGGACGAUUAUCAUGGUUGUUCUAAUCAACCCUUGCAUCUAAACGGAUAAGUACAACAAGAGACUUUGGUCCGCCCUUGACUGCUCCCGAGCAAUGUCAAACGCAUCGACUUGAACGCAGUGUAGGACACCAGGCUGUUGAAUUCAUUCUGAGUAUCAAUGCUUCCUCCGCUACACGCUCUUUGUGCCGAGUGUCUCGUCAUCUCCAUCCUUGUUCCUACAUCGAGCCUGAGAAUGCCAUCAAUAUCAUCGUGGUCUUGAAAGAUGUCGGACAUUGAAGACUAUGCAUACUCGCCUUAUGACGAUCUCGAAGAUAUUUUAUACGAUGCAGAUCCGGCUCCCGAACUGGCAGACGAUCUUGCAGAACACGCCCUCCACAGUCCCGUAUACUUGGACGAGGUAGCUGGGUUUGAGCUGCAAGACUAUUUCUCGGAUUGGGAAUAUUACUCUGAUGAUUACAUGGAUGAUGACCCGACCCUUGAAUCACCAUUGAAAGAUGGAAAGGAUCCUGCGAAACCAUCCGUGACGAGAGGAAGAAAACGAAAGCUCGGCGAGACCCUUGAUACAGCGUCAAGCACUCGACAGCACGAUCGAGAAUUACUGCUACGUCCAAUUAAAGGGACAGUUUGGGCAGAACCGUCUAAACCUGGACCACCGCCAUAUAAGGUCGGCCAAGGUGAUUCUGUGGCAUUUCUGAAAGAUUGGAAGCAGGUGUUUUCGAUCCAAGACGAUGGUUGGAACAAGGUAGCAAGCAAGACCGACAAUGAUGAAUCUUGGGCAAAGGACAUGAGCCUCGCGGACAUGGGGCUAGGCACUCUGCACAGAGAGAAGUCUUUCGACCAGGGACGCCUUGAGUCCGAAGAUGAGUACGACGAGGAGGCAGAGGAGGAGGGAGGAGAAGGAGAAGAAGAGCAAGGGGAAGAGGAAGAUGACGAGGUCGAGAAUGACGAUGAAACGCCGCAGAAGGGUGUUAAUGUUCCAACAGAGGGUGAAGGUGUGAGCUCAUUGCGUGUCAGAGAUGAUGGUGCACGAGCGAAUGGCCUUGAAAAGGACGCUGACUCGCAGAAGGCGGAAGGGGAUACGACUAGCGAAGAGGGCCAUCACAGGAAACGACGUCGAUACAAGGCAGCCCUCCCAUCUCCUCCCAAUUCCACCGAACACGUUACGAAUGGAGCAGAAGUGGCGUCAUCAUACGGAGGCGAGACUCAAAACAGCAAGAAACGUAAAGCAUCUCCUGGAGCGCUUGAAGGCGAGAGACUACCAUCAAAGUCGGACGCUCGGGCGAAACCUGACGCAGCCAAUGCAAGACGAGAGAACGAGGCUACGGGUUCCAGGCAGAGUCGACGCACGACACGCAGUGCCAGUAGCAACCAGAAGUGAGAAAAGCAGGUGGACAAGACUGGCGGAAGAAGCUAGAUGGUGAUUUCAGAUAGCAGCGGAAAGCAAUGUUUCCUAUGAGUUAUGAGGAUGGGCAUAUAACCAGAGUUCAGAGUUGACUGAACCAAUGAUUACCAAUUCAUCACGGGUGAUUUGCGGCGUGCUUGGCUUAAUUCGGAGAAAUUCCCCAGGGUGGGCGGACGAGAAUAAUGAAAUUGUACAGGCAUAAAGAAUGGGCGAUGAGCGAUGAGUGUUGCCGAGACACA